AUGUUACUUUUCCCCUCAAAAUGUUACUUUUCGCAUGACAAUAAGUAACUUUCGAACAUACAGCUCUGGCAACACUGGAUCAGUCGGCCACCGGCCUACAUACAGUGAGGUUGUCUCCGGACGCUCGUGGCUGGAUCGCUCCUGAGUUCCGACUUCCGACGCGACGGAACACGUAAAAUUAAAAUAUUUUUGUCGUGAUAUUAAAAUAUAGUGACUGGUGAAGAGCGUAAAAUAUAUGGGAAAUAAAGGAAGCAAAAAGUUAGCUAAAAUAAUGAUAAGAAAAAGAAAGAAAGUUAACAGAAAUGACGGAAUGUUCGGUUCGAAGAAAAGACGACACGGUCACGAUGACGGGCUAACAACCAACGCUCCGACACAUGUAUCUACGGAAUUAGCAGCCGGAAAAGUACCAUCAGCAACAACAGAAGGCAGUGCCUGCAAUACGUCAUACUCACAAACAAUAUUUCAAAACUUGGCAAAAACAUCGCAAGAAGAUCAGCCUUCGACUUCGUUGAGCGAACCAGUAGUAUCCUAUGGAGAAGACUCAACACAUGUGCAAGACCCGCUGGUCGAGUCCGAGGCUGGGAUGGGUCGGCGAUCGAAGGCAGCGGAGGCAUUGCGGAAGCGACGCGCGGAGAUGACGGAGGAGCAACGACAGGAAGUAUCGAAGAAGAUGGCGGCCGACUACGCGGCGCGCAUCGCCACAGAGACCCCGGAGCAGAAGGAGAUGCGCCUCUCCAAGCAGAGGAAAACCAGCAGGAGCAGGUACAGGAACAUGAGAGCGGCGGAGGACGCGGCGAGACGGAAGGAAGUGUUCGACAAGCUCGCCGCGGAGGGGGGACUGCCGGAGAGAAGAGAGAAGAGGGCGAGAAAGUCAGUCGACGAGGUGACGGAGAAGAAGUACCCCGUGCGAUACUACAGGCGCUUGGCGAACGAGGGCCAGCUGCUGGUGCCCGCCCACAGCGUCGCCCUGGACGAGCCCGGACCCAGCUACCGCAACGACUCGUCUGAUGGCGAUCAAGAUAUGGAAGACGACGAUGAGCGGUUCGGUGCCAUAAUAGCUGCCGAGCUCCGGAGCAUCGACGACCCAGAGGAAAAAGAGACCGUCAUAGCCGCUAUAAAGAAAGUCCUACACGAGUCCAGGGUGAGAAGACGGCAGAAGAAGCAGAUUGAGAUUAAACUUCAGCCCGAAACGCAAUCUAAACCCGUCGUGUCGGUUCCCCGGCCGAUCGACGACAGAACAGAGGAGGAGAAAGCGGUAUCCUCCAUAAAGAGUGAGCCGGACGAACCGAUAGAUGACGAGAUUACUCCCACCGAUGAAUCUAUUCCGAACCUGGACUGCCAACCCGAAACCCCAAUCCCGAUGCCAGUGGACGACAGAACGGAGGAACAAAUAGCUGUUGACGCGAUCAAAGAGGAGCCCGUAGAUCCUUCGUACCUCGGCGACUCUUCUAGUACCUUUAGUCAUCCUGAACCCGAUCCGUUAUGUGACCCAGCAGCCCGUCAGCCUAUAACAGAUAUAACAGAAGCAGAUGCAGCCGUAGCCGCCAUCAAACAAGAGCCGGUGGAAACUUACGAAAUAACAAUAUCAGAUGUCAACAUGGGCGAUGUUUAGACGAAUGCUGCCGGCUCGAUAUGUGGGUCGCGAUCUGGAGCCUUAAACCAAGUUCUCGCCGCGAUAAUCGACAACGAUGUUCGUAAAAAGAGUGAAAUACGCCAUAAAGGUCGCAAAUUGACAUUGAACGAUGCUGGUGUCGACUUGUCGAGUCUCGCGCAUAUUAUUGUGCGCUAUUAAUAACAACAUUUCAAGCUUACGCUAAUGCAUAUUGCUGUCAUCGUCUGUCAAGUGGCUUUACCAUCGUAUCGGACGAAGACAACAACGUGGAUUAGCGUAGAGGUAAUAUUUUUGUCAAUAUCGGCGAUUAUGUUGUACUAACGUCGUCGUGUUUGAAAAUAACGUCUUGGUUUAGUGCUCAGGAUUAGUAAGAACCAUCGAAGAAGUUGAUUCAUAGGUAGAUGCCGGACGUACGUCAUUUGGUAUAUGUCGAUUUAAUAUUAGUCGUGACCUGUCGAUUGGGUUACAUAUAAAGGGAACGAAUUAUGUAGGUCUGUGAUCUGCCUAUAAAUCAACUUCUCUCAUAGUACAUUGUACGAUAGGGACAUAUCGAGGGUGUAGAAUUCGCCUUAAAUAGACGAGUAAGAAACCACGUAUAUUUCCCGGUGGGAUGGAAAGCUCACUUGAAGAAGUAACAAGGACUUUAUGAAAAUUGCCAUGUUAUAACUUAUAACGCUUAUUGUGACAAAAGGUCCGUAAAGACCUUGAAAUUAAAAUGACUAGUAUCCUCGCAAGAAUAAUAAUUUCUUUCAAGGACAUUUUUGCUCAGGCAAAGCACUGUUAUUAAUUCAUGACCAACAUAGAUAUUUAUCAUGUGCAAAUAAGCACAAUAAUAGUUUUUUCACGGCGUCGAAACGUUGACGGAAC